AAAAUGGAUCAAAAGAUUUUGUAAAUAUGUGAACUUUUUACACUAAAUUGUACAGCUUUUCCUAGGAUGGCAGAAUUUUUGGAGGCUGAUGAGACCAAUUGUAGCAGUCAAGAUUCAAUUGAAGUUGAAAUUGUUAGCGAGGAGGAGUUUGAAGCGAUAGAUGCUGCAAUACAGGAAGCUGCCAUGCAAGGUUUAAUAGUUGAAUAAGUUUUGCUUCCUGUUUCAUAGACUAUAUAAACUAAUGGCUUAUUACUUAGAAAUUCCGCAUCGUUUAGUUCAAUAAAUUUAUGAAUAAAAAAAUCUAGGAUGCUUAACAUUUACACAAAACAUCCAGUUGAAAAUCUAUGGCCAACAUUUUCUGACAGUUUCCAAACAGAACAUUGCAAACAAUAAUAUAUUUAAGUAUCCAAUCAGAAUUUCUAGUUACCUCAUGUACAAGUACCAAUGAUUUGCCCCCCUCCAGGGAAGCUUUACAUGGGGAGGCUCUACCCCCACCCCUUAACCCUCUUUUUUAUCACUUUUGACUGAAGAGGUUUCCUUUCAUGUACCUUCUACUGAAGAGUACCCUCUCCCUCUGGGUCCCUGCAGUUCCCAAGUCACUCCACCCUUGACUAUCACUACAUCAUUGAGAGAGUUGACUGUACCUAUGCUCUAAUCUCAUACCCAGAUCUCACUCUGUCUUAUGCUUAUUUCCCUUGGCCACAGGAGAUCUGGGUACGAGAUUACCUAUGCCCUACCGACUGAACCACCAAUCAUUUUGAAUCAUCAGAGGUUGAAGCCACUUCCAGAAAAACUAGGCCAGGACUUCUAACCCCUCUGGAUAAGUUUAGAGGUGGUUUGGGAUAUCUAAGUGUCAGUGAUUUGACAGCACAGUUCUGGUGUGAGCAACAGAUGGAGUACAACUUCUUGGCUCCAGAACCAAAACCAGAGACUGUACAAAUGCAAUUAGGGAAAGAUAUCCACAUGGCAAGAGGUAACCUAGUCAAUAAAUUUAAUUUCUUGAAAUUUUUAUAGUGCAUUUGAGUAUCUAAUUAUACAUUUUGGGAAAUUUGUUAUAACUGCAAAUGGUAAAUUAUAAUAAUUAUUGUUAUUAUUAAUUAAGCAGUUUAAACUGCUACUGUUAUGUUCCUCUAACAUAAACUGUUUUACCUGAUUGUCAAAACCCACUUUGUUGUAAACAAAAUAAUUACCAGAAAGGCUAAGGGUUGGGAACUUGUAUAGUAACAGUCAUUAGUGUUUGCUACAGGUAAUAACAAUAAUUAUUAUUUGGUGGGAAUAGGAAAUAUUGUUGUUUAGAAAAAGGACAAUUAUGAUGUUAUUUUGCUAUGGUGGGGAUCCCAUUUUCAAAGUGUUAAAUUUCACAUAACUCACAGUCCCAUUCAAAAUUCCAUCCAGUGACAGGCAAAAUCUCAGUCCCAGUUAUUCAAAUCCCAUUUUUUCCAUUUCGAAACUAGACACAAGUUCAUUAAUUAACCCCUUUGAGGCACCUUUAACCAUGGUAUCGCUCAGAAGAUUUUUCUCACAAGGGAGGGAUAGUUCUGGUUAGCCCCAAGCUGAAGCCGUCUAUUAUUACAAAGUAACUGAGUUUUGAAUUUCAUAUUUUACAGAGCUGGAGUUAUAUGAUGUUGUAGACAUCAAGAUAGAAAGCAAAGAAGACAAGUGGGCAACCAGGUUUCUCAACUGCCUCAAUAAAAUGGCAUUCUUAGAUGCACAGCAAACAAUUAGAGAGCUUCCAGUCUUUGGAGAACCCUUUCAAUUGGGAGUAUUUGUAUAUGGCAUUAUUGAUGAAUUGCACUUCAAUGAAAUGGGACAACUUGAACUUUCAGAGCUGAAAACCAGAGCUAGCAACAACAGCUUGCCGUCUAAAGCACAGCAGAACAAAAACUUCUUACAAGUUAUGCUCUACAGUAUCAUGUUCAAUGACUUGCUGGAAGGGAAGUUAGCUACUACCACACUUCUAUCAAAAUUUAAUUUAAAUGGCCUUGCUGCUCUUUCAGAAGAUGUUGUCAAAUUUGCCAACGAAUUGAGAAUACCAUGUGCUAAGCUCAUCCAAAUUGCUGACCUGAUGUUAAGUAGAUUCAAGACAUCAAAUAUACCCAAAAUCAGUUCUGUAGUAGUUGAGUACUGUUCUCAGUUCAGCCAUGAAGAAAUACAUAAAACUUGUUUGCAACUGGACGAGAGCUGGGCACAUUCUAAGCUGGUCACAAUGCUACCAUACUGGAAAGGAGAAAGAGAAACUAUUGGAGUGGAAAUUGAAGAAGCUUGGAAAUGUCAUCGAUGUGAAUUUGCAGACACUUGUAUUUGGAGAAUGAAGAAAGAUGAAGAGUGUAGGAAAUUAAAAUAAGAUUUAAUGCAAAAACUGUAUAACAGGGGCAGGGUGGCCAAGCAGUUAGAGCCCUGGACUUGCAAUUCGGAGGCCCAGAAUUCAAGUCCCGCCCUGACUGCUUGCUGAGUUCAAAUCCUCAACCAUGCUUGUAAGUAGCCAACUGGUUUGCCUCCAGCCAGUUGGGAUUAUGUUAAAUUUAGAUUAUUUGUUUUAGGCAUUUGUUCGGCCCCACCAGCAUCAAUGCUAUAAAUACUGCUGAGGGUAAACAAAGGAUAUUAAUACUGUCAAACCUCCAUGUGCCACCACCUCUCACAAGCAAUCACUUCUCAUAAGCGAUCAUUUAUCCCAAACACCAAAAUUUCCCUGUAAAAGCCCUGUAGUUGGAACCCUUCAUAAACGACCACUUCUGGUAAGCAAAGGCAACACUUUUUGGGGUGAUGGUUUUAUAAUUAUCCAUUGUUUUUAACAUCCUGUAGACAAUCAAUUGACCCAUGAUCUGAUCUCUAAGUUAGCAGUACAUGUAUGUACUGUGCUACCAAGAGAAUUCAAAGAACUUUUAGCAUCAGCAUAGAGCUAAACAUAUAUACACCUUAGCAACUUAGAAACUGUAUGUAAUAUAUUUUUUUGUAC